AUGGACAAAGCAGAUGUUCGUAGUCAAACAACAGUCAACCUAAGAAGGGUUACUCUGACUAUAUUGUUAGAAGGUGGAACAGAAAUACCAGCAACAAUAUGGGCAGAACAAGCAGAACAAUUGGAAGAUAAAUAUCGUGGGAUGGAAAGUGAUAACAUUGUUCUCAUCAUGACAAGUGUUUUGAUUAAGACGUAUCAAGGUGCAAUUAGUCUGUCAGCAUCUUCUGGAACCAAAUUCUAUUUGAAUCAUGAUUUUGAUUCUGCUACUGCGUUUCGAAAAAGCUUCAAAUACGAUGGAGGGUGUAUUGUUAAUUUAGGCGACAUGGCUGAAGAACAAUCAAUUGAUAAUAAAGAUUCUGAAGCCCAACAUUCAAUUAAUGAUCUUUGGGAUUUUAUCUCAUCUGAUGUCCCUCAGGAUAAAAAAUUUGUUUGCAAGGCAACUAUUACCGAGAUUGUGUCACGUAAAGGUUGGAAUUACAUAUCCUGUUCAAGUUGCUCAACAAAGUUGACAAAGUCAGGAUCAUCACUUUCUUGCCAAAAAUGUGGUAAAUCACAAGCCGUAGGAUUGCUGAGUUUCAGAAUUGAAGUAAUAGUAGAUGAUGGAGAAGAUUCUGCAACUUUUGUCAUAUUUGAUGAAGAUGGUGCUAAAAUCACUGGAACAACGGCAGAAUCCCCAAUUUCGAACGACAAGAAUUGUGAAAGCAAUCACGAAGAGCAGGAAGAACCAACUGGCAAUCUCAAGAAAAAACCACGAAUUGAAGUCUGA